GAUUCAUGGGGCAAAUUUCCAUCAAGUGUGUUGCGAGGAAAUAUCAUUCAAUUUGGAAAUUUUGACCAGUGCAUAAGGACCAAUGAGCGUUACUGUCUUCUCACUCUCUCUCUCCCCAAGCUGAAAGCAUUUGACCAUCUCAUUCACUCGCAUCAUAUCCUCGCCAGUACCAUGGAAGAUUCAGGCCACCGUGUCCCAGUAAGCUUCUCGUUGGUGCAGUGGGGUGUAUGUGUGCCCAGCUCCUGUGGGGCUACAGACAUUGAGUCAGCACUUCGCACCAAUGUGGCCACACACGCUCAUGCAAACGGGGUCGAAGUCAGGGUGGAAGACAAGAUGUGUCAAGCCAGGAAAGACCCUUUGCCUGCUCCCAAGUAUGGCAUGAGGAUUGCCUUAUUGGUGUUUGGCAUACUGAUAUCAUCAUGUAUAGCUGCCACGUUACUAGACAGUGAUAGCUACAGGUCGAGGAGACCCAAUGAAUCACUCAGAUCUCAGUUCCCAAUCAAACCGACCACAAAAAUUCACAGACCGUACGCUGCUGACACCUAG